UGCCUUUGUUAUCUGAAUCUGUUUCUGAUUUUAGUUUUGGUGUUGUGUGGGAAGUGUUUGUAUGGAGGUGCACCCAAAGGCCUGCAGUUGAAAGAGCUAGACAGAGGUCUUGUAGAUGUGGUGGUAGCUACUCCCGGUCGGUUGAAUGAUAUUCUGGAGAUGGGAAGAAUUAGCCUUCAUCAGAUUUCAUACUUGGUGUUAGACGAGGCAGACCGAAUGCUGGACAUGGGGUUUGAACCUCAGAUUAGGAAGAUUGUGAAGAAUGUACCUACUCGUAGGCAAACCCUGAUGUACACAGCAACAUGGCCAAAGGAGGUGCGAAAAAUUGCUUCUGAUCUUCUAGUUCGUCCUGUUCAAGUUAACAUAGGAAAUGUUGAUGAGCUUGUUGCAAAUAAAGCAAUCACCCAGAAUGUUGAAGUUUUGUCAUCAAUGGAGAAGCGUAGGCGUCUGGAACAGAUUUUGAGAUCUCAAGAACCUGGGUCAAAGAUAAUAAUUUUCUGUUCUACAAAGAAAAUGUGCGAUCAACUUGCAGGCAACCUAAACCGUCAAUUUGGAGCUGCUGCUAUUCACGGAGAUAAAUCUCAGAGUGAGAGGGAUCAUGUGUUGAAUCAGUUUCGCACAGGAAGGACCCCGGUGCUCGUAGCUACUGAUGUAGCUGCCCGUGGCCUGGACAUUAAAGAUAUCAGGGUGGUGAUAAAUUAUGACUUUCCUACGGGAAUAGAAGACUAUGUUCACAGAAUUGGAAGAACUGGACGUGCAGGUGCCACAGGUUUAGCUUAUACUUUCUUCUCUGACCAGGAUGCAAAGCAUGCAUCAGAUCUUGUCAAAAUUUUGGAAGGAGCAAAUCAACAGGUCUCUGUUGAACUUCGUGAUAUGGCUUCACGUGGUGGUGGUGGUGGUUUUGGGGGGCCAAGACGUCAGUGGGGUUCAGGAUCUGGUGGUCGGGAUGGUGGUCGUGGUGGACGCUAUGACUCUGCCUAUGGUGGAAGAGAUGGGGGAAGGGGUGGUAGCCAUGGUUAUGAUCGUGACCAGCAAGAUGGACAUAGUUACGGAUCCCACAGCGUGCAUGACGGGGAUGGACCUGGGAGCAGUCAAUUUAAGAGUUUCCAUGAAAGCAUGAUGGCUAAUAACACAAGUAGAAGUCGCAGUCGAAGCAGAAGCCCAAACAAGAAUUCCGGAUGGGGUGAGAACCUGGGCAGGGCUCGGAGCCGCAGCCGC